AUGUCGUUUAGUGAAACCCCCGACCCAACGGGCGCGCCCACAACAGGAUCAUCUUCGCCCCCAAACUCGACCCCUUCGCCCUCGACUUCGAGUGCUACCACGGCUCCGUCUUCAAGUGCCUCGCGCCGACCACCCCGUAAGAGCACUUUGACUCAACAGCAAAAGAACAACAAGCGUCAACGUGCGACCCAAGACCAACUCGUCCUUCUCGAGGUCGAAUUUAACAAGAACCCGACCCCCACUGCUGCCACCCGCGAACGAAUUGCACAAGAUAUCAACAUGACGGAACGUUCGGUUCAGAUUUGGUUCCAGAAUCGUCGUGCCAAAAUUAAGAUGCUCGCCAAGAAAAGUAUCGAGACCGGCGAAGGCUGUGAUUCGAUUCCCGAGUCAAUGCGCCAUUACCUUGCGAUGCAAUUCGAUCCCAACAAGCCCGGAACCCGUGACCCCUUUGGACGCUCAGCCGGAUACCCAAGCCCUGGCAUGUAUGCUAACGAGGCCAAUCCUUCCGGCAAAGUCGUCAUCUCGCAUUUCACUUGUCGAUCCUUGACAAUUGGUAGCUGGCGGCGCAUUGGACAAAACGCGAUGGACCUGGUCAUUUUCUACUCGCCUGACAAGGCCUGCAUGACAUACUAUAUCAACAACGACUCAGCCGGUUAUAAGAUCGAAUACCCAUUCGCACAUAUCAAGAACAUCACCUUGGAAACUGGAGACCCAAACCCCGGGCCGAACGGUCAACCACCCCGGCCUGGUGGAUUGGUAGUGGAGCUUAACCGCCCACCUAUGUUCUACAUGGAUUCUUCCAACUCCGGGGGUUUCUACCAAUGUGGCGAUUUCACUGAGGAGCAGCAAGCGAGCCAGAUCAUGAUUCAUCACCUAGGAGGCCAUCCCAAGGUGCUGAGUGUGCAGCUCGCCAAGCUUGUGUCUUUGGAAUCUUUCCAGAACCGUCUGGCAUACGGCAACAGUAGCAGCAACUUUGCUGUGCCUACAGCGAUGUCUCCGCCUUUCAUCCAGCGCCCUGCUUCCCAGCCCAAUCACUUUGCGCCACCGGCCUAUAUGAAUCUCUACCAAGAUCACAACCACUUGGGUUUCAAUAUGCCUGCUGCUCGCGGACACAAACGCCAGCGCAGUCGCUCCGUGCCAGUAGCAGUUGACAUCUCCACAUUGCAAGGCCCCAUGAGUUCGUUCCACAUGCCGCAGACUCCAGCCCCGUACAACCCUGCUGAAGCUGGAAUCUAUGCCCCAGUCCCACAAUCUGCGCAUGCUCUUCCUACUGACUUGCGCAUUGACACCGAUGGUUAUGGACUGGACUUCCGCACUAAUCCCAUGUCUGCCACGACCACCGCAUCGCCUUCCGAGUUUGCUAGCCCCUCGAUGUUCAGCAGCGCUGGACAGGGCGAGUCAACUCCUGUUGCCAGCAUGCCUCAGUUCAACGUACCUCAAUUUGUUUCCACAGGCCCGUCUGACUCAUCGACUGUUGGCUCCCACGCAACAUCGCCCUACUCCGGUGUAAGCCCUGCCGAUCCCAUGAUUGCGAAUCACUCGCCCCCCCUUGUCUAA